CCCAGUUUUCCAUGGCAAACAGUAAAGAGUAGAUUGUGAUUUUUGUGUGUGCCCCCACACCACACAUGCAGCUGUCUCCAGCCCAUUUCCCUCCUCCUCCUCCUCACUCUUUAUAACCCCACUUACCUUCUCUCUCGAUUCCCCACCCGCGCCGCCUCAGCCUCAACCGCCGCACCGCCGUCGGCAACGCCCGUUCCCAUCACAACCCAUUACUCCCACUCCCUGUAUUACCAAAAUGUCGCUGCCCCAGCCACCCCAUUUCCUCGUUUUCCUCUUACUCUCCCUGCUCAUCACUCUCAUCCACUGCUCCGGCGCCGCAGAUCAAACCCUAGACGUCCAUUACGUCAAUCCCAAGCUCCCACCCAGAUCUAUCUCCUCCUCCAAGAAAUUCGAGGGCUCUUCCGACCUGGUCCACCUCCGGUACCACAUGGGCCCCGUCCUCUCCUCCACCAUCAAGAUCUACCUCAUCUGGUACGGCAACUGGUCCUCCCACGACCAGCUCCUCAUCAAGGACUUCCUACUCUCCAUCUCCUCCUCCCGCCGCGCCGCCCCCUCACCCUCCGUCGCUGAGUGGUGGCGCACCGCCUCCCUCUACACCGACCAGACCGGCGCCAACGUCUCCCGCUCCGUCCUCAUCGCCGGCGAGUACUCCGACCGCCGCUACUCCCACGGCACCCAGCUCACCCGCCUCUCCAUCCAGCAGGUCAUCGCCUCCGCCGUCCGCUCCGCCGGCUUCCCCGUCGAGCACCGCAACGGCAUCUACCUCGUCCUCACCUCCGACAACGUCGCCGUCCAGGACUUCUGCCGGGCGGUGUGCGGCUUCCAUUACUUCACAUUCCCGGCGAUGGUGGGGUACACGCUGCCGUACGCUUGGGUGGGGAACUCCGGGAAGCAGUGCCCGGAGGUGUGCGCGUAUCCGUUCGCGAUUCCGGGCUACAUGGGCGGAAGGGGAGUGGGAGCGCUGGCGCCGCCCAACGGCAACGUAGGGGUGGACGGGAUGAUCAGCGUGAUCGGGCACGAGCUGGCGGAGCUGGCGACGAAUCCGCUGAUAAACGCGUGGUACGCGGGGGAGGACCCGACGGCGCCGACGGAGAUAGGGGACCUGUGCGAGGGGCUGUACGGGACGGGAGGGGGUGGGGGUUACAUCGGUCAGGUGAUGAGGGACGGGAAGGGGAGGACAUUCAAUGUGAGAGGGCAGAGGCAGAGGAAGUUUCUGGUUCAGUGGAUUUGGAAUCCGGUGCUGCAGGCUUGCGCGGGUCCUAAUGCCAUAGAUUAAUUAAUUCAUCUCAAAUUUUUCUAUAGUUCAUCAAUUAAUUUGUUUGAAUUCAGUUGUUUUUGUUGUAUUGUAUGCGAAUGAUGCUGCAGAAUUCAAGAAUGGAGAUAUUUUAUUUCUUCUUC